CUUGUUAGCGACACGGCCAUCAUCUGCCCCUCCGUGCGUGCCUGGAAUCAGGGGUAACAUAAGUCCAAGGCCUCGCCAAGUAUCGGGCGGAUCCCAUCGGCAUGAAGGACAACGGAAACGCUUCGGGGGAAGCUCAUACGUAUGCCCCUAAGAACGACGAGUAUAAAGAUGCCGUCGCAACACAACCCAUCUCCAGGGCCCCCGGCAUCAACCGAACGACUCCCCUUCAUUCAACUCUGCUCGUCCUCAGGCAGGCCAGUCCGUCUGACAAGGAAGGCAGGAGGCAUUCACCUUCCCCACCCCCCUCCAGCCUCCUUUUCGACCCCAGGGACGACAACGGAACAAAGAGUCAGGACAACGGAGCAAAGACACGGGACAACGCGACAAAGACCAACGUGGACGAAACAGAAGACGAUGAGAAUGGCUGGGAACAGCUAAUUGCCAGUGGCGAGUCGGACUCUUCCAUGUUCGCCUUGGAUAGCCACCACGACGAAGAAGAAGAAGAGGGAGGCAGAGACGUGAAAACCCACAGAGACAAACGAGGCGACAGCGCACCGGGCCAACUCGGCAUCGAGCCGCCAAGGGAGGAGGUGUCCUCUCCUGCCUGUUCAAGGGCGGCGACCUCACCUUCCGUGGUGUCGGUCCCGAACGACAACAGCCUCUCCCCGGCGUGCCGUCCCCAGACUCGUAACCAGCGUCUCCUCGCCCUAUGCAAUGCCUACUUUGGCGAAGGGUCACUCAGCGACUGGCAGCGCCUCAUGGCCGAUCUGGGGUUUGAACGUGAUUUUACGAGCAAGAACCAGUGCCGCAAGGUAAGUGAAUAAACAUAAACAUAAACCUAUCAACGAGGCGCAGGAAGUGCCGCGAUAACCUUCUUUUCUUAUCUUUGUUCUUUGCGCACAACAGGCCCUACGGACCGUCUGGAUCAACAUCCCCCAGUUCCUCGAAGCAGGGAGCAGGCCCUCGGACGUCGUCCACUUUUCCAGCGAACG